GCCAACCUCAUGCACCCAAAGAUAGAUAGAUAGAUAGAUAGAUAGUUAUGCGUGUGCGUAAGGGGGAAGGAACAUUUGAAGAGAGGGAGAACUUCAGGCAGCCCACGCGGAGCAACAAGGGUGCCUCGGAAGCAGAGGAGCCAUCCGAAGAACAGACAGAGGGACAAAGCCAUGAAUCCACAAGGAGGAAAGGCCUUUGGGGCAAUGAAGGCCCAGCAGGAGGAAGUUCUGGACUCCCUCAAUAAGGAAUUCCUGGAUGACCCCAAAUAUAGCACUGUCGAAGAGCUAGCGGAAAAAUUAGAAAUAUUUAAGAAGAAAUACAUGGAAUUUGACCUCAAUGCACAAGGCGAUAUAGAUAUCAUGGCCUUGAAACGCAUGUUGGAAAAGAUGGGAGCAGCCAAGACCCACUUGGAGCUCAAAAAGAUGAUCACCGAGGUGACUGGAGGUAUGAGCGAAACCAUCUCCUAUGGAAACUUUGUUCGAAUGAUGCUGGGAAAGCAAUCAGCAAUCUUUAAAAUAAUUCUGAUGUAUGAGGAAAAAGCCAAAGAGAAGGAUGAGAAGCCAGCAGGACCCCCACCAAAGAAACUAAUAGCAGAUCUUCCUUAAAGACCUUCCCACCCACGCAAUUCAUAUGAUUUAUUUCAGCAUUCAGGUGGCUACUAGAACAACCAAAAUAUAGAUUAAAAAUUCUCUAUUUUUAAAAAGAAA